AUGGCUUUUAGAAUCAGUUUUCUUCGUGUUUUUUGUGCGAAGGGUAGUAGCAAAACCCGAGCUCUUCUUCUUGGUUUUGGAGCGUCUGCCAUAGGAAUUGGUUCCGCGGUUUCCACAAUUUCACUCCUCUCUGCGCGCGAAAAGCCAAAACUUGUGGACACGUCAACGUUUAUGGCUGAACCCCUAACGGCACCGGACAUCUUGGAGAGUAGCGUGGACGACUUUAAGAGCCGCAUGGAAGUCAUGAUCCUCGGUGUACAAGCCGAAAUUUGCAAGAAACUUGCUGCGAUUGAUGGACAGGAAUUCCGUGUGGAUCGAUGGCUGAGAAAUGAAGGUGGCGGCGGGAUAAGCUGUGUUUUGCAAGAUGGUAAGAGUCUUCCUUUUAUGCAUAAAUUUCUUCGUCGCACUGUGGCUUAUUUAUAUAUUUUAAUACAUUUUCCCUCUGUUCUUGUUCGCUGUUAGUUAGACAUUUUGCAUGAGGGCCCAUGGUUGGGGUCGAGGGAGGGGUGAGGAGGGGGGGGUGGGGGUUGGAUAGGCUUCCAUGUGAAAAAAAUGGGUACAAAAAAUGGGUAUUUUAGUUGAGAUAAAGGGGUGUAUGGGGUGAGUGGUGCAAGUGUAACUUAUCUGGUUUGAAAAUAAAGCAAGUGAGAACACUCUAGGCUGGGACGGCCAAUUUUGUCAUUUGAGUGCAUGUAUUAACUUCCUUCUGGAACAAAACUCAUUCCAGAAUGAGAGUUAUUCCACUGUCAUGAAAGUAGCCCUUAACUUGAAACAUUAAGGGGCUCUACAGCUAUGGGAGUCAACCAUAGCCAGUUCCCUACAUAUAAUGAUGGGAACCCUGGUCUGUAUUUUUUUACAGGGAAAGUUUUUGAGAAAGCUGGAGUGAACGUUUCUGUUGUUUAUGGUCACUUAUCUCCACAAGCUGUCCAACAAAUGAAAAGCAGAGGCAACGAUUUAAAAGGAAACAAGUUUCCAUUUUUUGCAGCUGGAAUAAGCUCAGUCAUUCAUCCUCGCAAUCCUUUUGUACCAACCCUCCACUUUAACUAUCGUUACUUUGAGGUCCAGGAAGAAAAUGGAAAGAGACACAGUUGGUUUGGUGGAGGAACUGACCUUACUCCUUAUUAUCUUAAUGAAGAGGUAACAAGAUCACCUUGCUGUUACUAAAUUGUGGGUGAAGUUGUUAUCCUAGUUGAAGAGACAAAUUUUUAAGGCUUGAAUAUUUUUGUGAUCUGGCAGAAAAAUCAAGUUUUAAGUAACUAUCUUCAAAAUGAUGACAAACAUGCUUCUCAGAACUGAGUAUUCAAUUUGUUCUUCAGCUUCCAUAGCCACAUUUUCACAGGUCUGGUUAACUCAUUUGUAACUGAACUGGGCAACCCUCCUACCUGCAGAGAAGAGAGAUCUUUCAAACCACACAUGUACUAGGAUGAGCAUGAUUCAGUUAAGGAGGACAGAGAAAAAAAGCAAAAAGCCAUGUUAAGAGGUAUAGACUUUGCGAGGCUGUGAGACCCUGGUUUCAAAAUUUGAGACUUUGAGAUGCAAAAUUACCCGAAAAUGAGACUUCAAGACCCAUCAAAAAUGCUUCCGAGAUUUUGAGAUAGGGCCAAAAUUUUACGAGACCCAUGUUAUUCGAGGAAUCAUUCUAUACCCGUUCUUUAGCUGAAAUCAGUUGUAAUGUUGUUGCUCCUUUACCCAACUUCUUUUCGUUCCAUCAAAUCCUAAGAUCCUAAACGCUUUGCCUAAAUAAAACCUAGUAAUUGCCCAACAAAUGAAAAAGAAAAAAUGAGGUGAGAAAAGUAAAGAACAGGGGAGGAGAGAAAGUGGAAAGUAAAAGUCAAGACUGCUACAUGUACAUGUAUGUCACUCUUAAACAUGUCUCGAAAUUUUUCUUUCGCGUGCACCUGCCCAAACUUCAGAAGCGGAUAUUUUACAUCUGGAACAGAAGGCUGCGAAGUGCCAACUUGUAAAUGGCUUUGUGGAAAGAUUUAGCUUUUUAUAGCCAGACAGUGACCAGAAAAUGGCUCAACUAGCUUCAAACUGCAUUUUCAGCAAAAUUCUCAGGAUUGAAUGGGUUAACUAAACCUUGAUCGUAAUGAAAAGAAACUUUAGAAUAAGUUUUAUAAAGUUUAUUUGGGAUAAAAUGCAAUGUUAUGCUACAGACAUCUUCAGUUUACAAUAUACACUUGAGUUAAUAACUGAAUUUCUUCCAAACAGCCUCGAGUGGAAAGCACCGGGGUAUUAAAUUUUGUGUUAUAAUUUUUCAUGAUGAUUUUUUUGUGGUUCUUUGUUGGUGGAAUCUUUUGAUCUGGCAAAAGUCAUGAAACACUACUGUAUGUAGCAUCAAAAUAACUUCAAUGAAGUAUUUAGUGCUGUUGGUAUUUUGGCAUUCCAUCGCCCUGCUGGUUUUGUUAACCAAAAAUGACUUAUUUUCAGGAUGCAAAGCAUUUUCAUAAGACUUUGAAAGAGUUCUGUGAUAAACACGACAAGUCAUAUUAUUCCAAGUUCAAGAAAUGGUGUGAUGACUACUUUUUUGUAAAACACAGAGGUAAGUUCUAAGCAAUAACAACCAUGAUAAUGACAUUAAGCGACAUGGCCAAGAAGUAAGAGCACUCGAAUUGUAAUCUGGAGGCCCUGAGAGAGUUCGUACAGGUCAUGGAAAACCUAGCCUGCACCACAGACAAAUCUAAACUCUGGUUAGGUCUGUCUGUAAAACAGUGCCAAAAUCCUUGUUCUUGUGCCUCACCUGUGUACCAGGAUUUGAUUACGUGCCAUGAUUGGCCUGUUAAUAGAAAAGUGAUCGUCCAUUUGCCACUCAGGAUGGAAGAAAAUUCUAAAUGCACUUCCAGUAAUUCAGUGAAUCUGUUGGGGGCCCAGAACAGGGAUCUUGGCACUGCUUCACAGACUUUACUAUAAAAUGGAGGUAAAACCUAGAAAGUCAUGAAAUUUAAGAUUUUCAUUUUCCAUGCCUGGAAAGUCGUGGAAUUUAAUAAUUGUCAGUCAUGGAAAGUCAUGGAAAAUUUAAGUUAUGUUUGGUAGAUUUUAGUCACUGCACUUGUCAAAGCAAGGACAAAGUAAAGUAGAGGCAAGUAGUUGAGUAGAGCAAACUUCAUUCAUUUUGGCAGAAGCCAGAACUUGUGUCUGUUGAACUGAGUUAGGUUAACAAAUCACCAGAAAAAAAGAAUAGUUUUAACUUUUUCGAAAGUGACAGCUUAACCUCGGGUCAUGGAAAACUGCAAAAAUUCAUGGGCAAAAAUCAUGGAAAGUCAUGAAAUUUGAAGAGCUCAAGAGGGUACAAACUCUCCCUGAGUUCAAUCCCCACCUUUACUAGCGUCCCUCACAACCGUUUUAGUCUUGUCACGCAAUACUCCUCCCCAACGAACAAGACAAAAAUGGUUGCAUGGGAGACUACGCCCUAACCGCUAGCUGGGUUUGUUCUCGGUAGCCAACUGGUUUGCCUCGUCUCCUUUCAAGACGACCAAAGUUCCGCUAAGACAUCUGAACUGAUAAAUAGUUUAUCGGGUAACCCCAGAUUAACCACAGAGACUUCUAAAGCAUAGAGAAAACCAUUUGGGACACUUCUGACAUACAGUCGAACCCCAGUUUAUGGACAUCUGCUUAAUAUGGACACCUAAUAUUAUUACAGACAGUUCGCUUUGGCUCUGGGGAAAGAAAGCCCUUACUUUUUAAAUUCCAAAUUCAACGUGCUUUAUAGGGACACCCUGUUAAUACGGACACUUUCUAUGGCCCCCUCAGUGUUUGUAUUAAGGGGGUUUGACUGUAUUUGAAAAAAUUGGAGUGUUGGGUGCCCCUGGUAAACUCGGACGUCAACGUAAAAUCGUUCAAUCUAUAGAGAAGUGGUGGUGUCUCAAAAACAAUAUUUGUGAAAUUAUGGAGCCGUUUAGUACAUCCAUAAAGAACAAGAUGAAAAAUGUUUACAUGCUAGAAGUUUUGAUGGGGGGGAUAUAAGCACCUUUAUGCUCCAAAGACUCCAUAUAAAUCCUUCUAACAUAGGCCUGGGUCUAUUUCUUGAAAGACACGGAAACUUUUCGGACCAGAAGACAAAUUUUAAAAUCAAAACCUGUUGAAUAGUAGCCCCUUUCAUAGGCCACAAACCCAACAAAAUUGCUUCACUUAGUGAUAGUUUCAUUGUAUUAUUUUCAAAGUUAUUGAAACUUUGAUCUUGAAUGCAAACACGACAAACACAAAACAGCUUUCCGGGCCUGAAAAGUUAUCGCAAUUUUCUAGAAAUAGGCCCCUGGCCAGUUUAAGAAGAAUUUGUGUGGAGUCAUCAGACCAUAAUGGUGCUUAUUUGUCCCCACCGAUCUGCACUAACAGGCUGAGUUUUUGCAAGGGGGCUUUUUCAUCUUGUUUUUUCCGAAUAUGCCAACCAAUCCCAAUUUUUGUGACGUCACACUUCUUUUCUCUAUUGCUUUUAACAGUAGCUUACAAUAGCGAAAAAGGGAUCAAUUUAGGUUACUGAGAAACUGCCCACCUACCCCUCCCCUAAGCCAACAUUAUCACUUACUUCUCACUUAGGGCAAAAUGUUGGCUUAGGGGAGGGGUAGGUGGGCAGUUCCCUAGAAACCUAAAUUGUUCGGUAAAAAGAUUGCUAAGACAAUUUCUCGUCUUAUUUACUGUAGGUGAACGUCGUGGUGUUGGUGGCAUAUUUUUUGACGAUCUUGACACACCUUCACAGGAAGCCGCAUUUCAGUUUGUCAAGGCGGGUGCAAAUGCUGUACUACCCUGUUAUGUUCCUAUUGUAGAAAAACACAAAGAUGAUCCUUAUACGGACAAAGAACGACUCUGGCAAUUACUCAGAAGAGGCCGGUGAGUCCGUAGAUGUGGUGUUAGCAACAGAAAUUCCACACUGAUGACGCAUCACUACUCAGACCUGGGUAAUGUUUCUGAUUGGUCGUGCCGCGUGGGAAAUUUGCUUCAGUCAAUCAGAAGCACUGCCCAGAUCUGGGUAGUGACGCGUCAUCAGUAUGGAAUUUUUGCGCUCGUUUCUCAGACGUCAUUUCGUGGGGAAACCAGUUGUGGCGUCGCUAAAUGUCGGCCGCCUUCUCAGCCUACAGCCUGCGAGCAAGUCGGGUUUUCGCGCACGCGAUGGUCACAUGUCUCUCGCCUUCGCCUCAUGACAUUUUACGACGCACAUCAUAGACACAACGUCGGUUAUAGAGAGCGCGAAAAUGGCUGGAAGAUUUUAAACGGGGGGUGACAGCUCUAACAAGGGCUGUUUCGGGAGAAAAACAAAUUUAUUCCGGGAAUCUGGAGAUUUUGCCGGGAAUCGGGAAACCUGGGAAUUUUUUCGGGAAAUUUGAGAUAUUUUCGGGACAUUGAGCAAAGAUUUCAUAUUACAUGUUAUCAAACAAUAUAUAUAUACAGUGAUAUGCAGCCAGUGUAUUCGCUGUAUUCUAUGUAUUUUGACACUAGAAAACGGCUGAACUCCCCAUGAUAUGAAAAGACCAUUCAGCAAUGAUUCCAACUAAAAUAGCACGAAGUUCGAGUGCGAUUGACCACGUGCAAUCCCCAGUGGAUUGACACAAGAACCGUACCGGUGCAAAGCACAUACUAUGAGUUCACACCAGAUCCCAUCAUUCAUUAGUUCAGGGGUAUUUUUACGCUGCAUAUUAACGAGUUUUAAGAGCACAUUCCACCGAUUGCAUACUGGAAAACUUGAAAGAAGUACGUAAGAAGUAUGUCAGAAAAAAAACGAAACUCAUUUAACCUUGUUAAACACAAAUGAGGCCAUAAAAAGUAGUAUGUCUGUGAAGAUUCUUUAAUCAUCCUGAUCUCGUCGGGGUCCUUCCGACUUUGCUCGAAAAUCCCGAAUCCCGAUCAAUAUGCGUUCGGGAUAGGAAAAUUUCAGAUUUCGACAGUUGUUCUGAAAUGUUCAAAUGAAUUCAUACAAUGACACCACACAUAGUAUACUUAGUUGAAAGUGAUAUCCAGAGCAAUUUCAAAAACCGCACAACUUGUAUAAAAUAAAAUUGACUACUUCUACGCGAAUUCACGCCAAUAAAAAUAAGCAUAAAAAGGACAAUUGAUUUAGAGAACAUUUUGGACAGAAUUUGUCCUCUCAGAACGCUAGAAAUGGCGUUUCAGAGCACCAAGAUUUCAUAAUUUUCUGGGGGAGCAUGCCCCCAGACCCCCCUAGUGGUUGGCCCCUUUACUGCUCGCCUUUAUAUACUUCAAAAGUUUGACCUUCUUUCUGUGUUAACAUGAUACCCUCUAAACGAAAAAAUAACUAAUGUUAGAUAAUUAACAAGUUACAUAAUUAACAAGAAGCUGCAAAAAAUCUCUAAUCAAAAUGUUAAUUUUAAUUGUUAAAACAAUUUUGGGAAGUUAAACAUUUAUGGGGAAUGCCACCGAAAAAUUCGGGAGGACAUAAAGUUAUUCAUAGGACUGCCCAAACAGCCUUUGUUAGAGUUGUCACCCCCCGUAUUUUAAGGACUAAGCUAUAAAGAAAUGCUGACUGUAAAAGGCUACAGUCUCUACAGGGAACCACUAAUAGCCACUUGAAGGUUUUUCACUGCUCUUUGGAGAACAUCUACAAGGAAAAAAAUUGUCCGUUCAUAUUUUAAAACCGCUGAUGAAUUUCAGAUGUUUUCAAGAGUUUUUCUGAGGUAAGGAUGUUAUGAUGUUGGAAAUCUGUUGAAUGAAUAAUUUGAAUUCGUCUCGGAGGAUGUUAUCCGCCCCAGCUUUCAGCUUCUGCGUAGCUCAUUGUUCAUAGCAUUCUCGCCUUCAUAUCCCAUAUUAUUGCAUUUUCUUUUCGCAGAUACGUAGAAUUCAACCUUGUGUAUGACCGAGGUACGAAAUUUGGACUCUAUACCCCUGGGGCUCGCAUAGAAAGCAUCUUGAUGUCCCUGCCGUUGGAGGCCCGUUGGGAAUACAUGCAUGCACCCGAGAGCGGGAGCAAAGAAGAGGAAAUUCUGGAGGUUCUACGAAAUCCAAGAGACUGGGUCGAGUAAGGCGGAGUCUUCGGUUGUUCAGCGUGUUUAUCGACAAAUAAGAAAGAAUAAGUCGCGAAGCGAAAAGAAACCAUGCAACGAAAGCUGUUGAAAUAAUUGCGUUUGAAAAAUACGUACAAUAACAUGCAUCACCUCCUCAUGGCGUUAGUAAGACUAGUCGCAAAGUAAGACUAUUUAAAGAACCAGACUGCUGUUAAGCUUGAUAUGAAAAAUACAGCAUACUUAAUUUAAAACGUGAUGUAAAAUAACAUUUUAUUUUUGUAAAGUAGAAGUUCUACAGACAGAAAGAGUGAUUUGUUCAAUAAUCAUAGACCUAAAUCCUGUUCGGUUUUGCCCAGGCCCGCACGAUGGCACAAAACUUAUCUGUGGCACAAAACCUAUCCGAAGUGUAACGCUCCACUUUCGAGAUCGGCGCGGCGCGCGCAACUUUGUUCCGUUACAGAAAUCGCGCCAAAAUCACCCAGUUCUUGUGUGUGAACAGAAGCCCUAUCCAGUAUGCUUUUCGUGCCGACGCGAGAGCCAUACGGUAUAGUUGUGUAGACACAUCCCCCGCCCCCCUGACAUAUCCUCAAACGGACUCAAGAUGGCAUUGAACUUAACGAGUGGACUAACUUUAAUUACGGUGUGGUCGAUUAUGCAUCAGGAAGAAAUGAAGGGCCCAACAGGAGUCUAUUACCCCAGGCUCCUGCC